CGGUUUGGCAAGAACCACCAAAAUAUAUCUUGGAACAAAAAAAGGAACCAGUCAAACCUUGGAUAAUCCAAUUCAAUUAUGUUCAAAUGUAUUGUAAAACCGUAUCGGAGAAAUUCGCAACAGAUUAUAACACUUUUACUUUCGAUUUGAGCGUACGUGUGCAGGCGUCAGGUGCCAAGGCUUAUUCUAAUGGAAGGGUUACAAAAUUGAUUGAGAAAACUUUGAUUAUGGUCUCAGCUAAAUUAUAGUCCAUUGUGGUUCUUUGACACAGCGAGAACCAUCGUGUGAUUAUGGUUUGGAUACCGCCGGAUUUAUCGGAGGCAUGUGCCGUCCACACAACGAUAACGACAUGUCAAGCUUCGACCUUUAUAUUUUUACAAUUAGUGGCUCAAUUGUUCGGUUACUCAAAAGACGAGAAAUCGCCUCGUCAAAGUUUUGGGACUGGUUUUGAGUAUUCGUACGGAGGCGGUUUAAGUGAGGAUUUCAAUAGCUACUCUUCGGGUAACGUUGAUAACGAAAAACCGCAAGAGUAUGACUUUAUUGUUGUUGGUGCUGGUAGUGCUGGAUGUGUGGUAGCUAAUAGGCUGACAGAGAUACCAGAAUGGAAGGUGUUACUCCUUGAAGCAGGAGUAGAAGAACCAGAAGUCGCCGACGUUCCUGCUUUUGCACCGACCAUCCUCCGAUCGAACAUCGAUUGGGGUUACAGUACACAACCUUCCGCUCACAGUUGCCUGGCAAGAAGUAACGGACAAUGUCGAUGGUACAGAGGCAAAGUUAUGGGCGGUUCGUCCACGCUUAACUACCUUAUCUACAUCAGAGGCCAUCCACGCGAUUAUGACGAAUGGGAAGAAAUGGGUAACCCAGGCUGGUCAUACAAGGACGUAUUGCCAUAUUUCAUCAAAUCGGAGAAAAACAGAAAUCCUGAAAAAGUCGAUACGCAUUACCACGGGUUCGAUGGCUAUCAGCCAGUUGAAUAUUUCCCAUAUCAAGAUACAAACACAUUGGCUUUAGUCGACGCCUAUGAAGAAUUGGGCCUUCCUAAUAUUGAUCAGAAUACCGAAAAACUUAUCGGAACUAUGUUAUUGCAACAUACAACUAAGGAUGGUAAGCGUGCAAGUACCAACGUAGCAUUUAUAAGACCUAUAAGGAGAAAACGACCCAAUCUCACUGUGCAAUCUCAGACACAUGUGUACAGAAUACUCAUCGACCCAAACACGAAACAUGCCUAUGGAGUUGAGUAUUCAAAAAAUAAUAAACUGCACAGAGCUAUUGCAAGAAAAGAAGUGAUUUUAUCAGCUGGAACCAUAAACUCUCCAAUACUUCUAAUGUUAAGUGGAGUUGGGCCUAGCGACCAUCUUCGACAACACGGUAUUCAAGUAUUAAAGGAUUUGCCUGUCGGUUAUAACUUACAAGAUCACGCUACAAUUGAUGGAGUAGUAAUUGCUCUAUCAAAUUAUUCAGCAACUACAGCCACUGAUCAACAAAUACAGCAAGAUAUGUAUUUUUACAAGGAAACUCAUCGAGGACCUUUAUCAUCUACAGGCCCGCUACAAGCAAAUGCUUUUGUACAAACCAAAUAUGAAAACGAGCCCGGAAGACCAGAUAUUCAGUAUUCAAUUGAUGCUACUAAUGUGGAAAAUUUCUUUACUGAUCCUAUAUUAACAGCUGAAACUGCGGUGUUGCCACUUGCCUAUUACAAUGGCCUUAUGGUAAGGCCUAUUUUACUGAACCCAGAAAGUCGAGGAGUGAUUCAAUUAAAUGAUACUGAUCCCUAUAACGGGACUCCUUUGAUACAUGCUAAUACUUUCUAUAAGGAAAUUGAUUUGCUAAGAAUUGUAGAGGGUGUUAAACAAUCUUUGAAUUUAUUAAGAACAAAAACUUUACAACAAUUGGGUGCGGCAUUAGUCACAACCCCAUUGCCAGCUUGUGAGCACGUCAAAUUCGGCAGCGAUGAAUACUGGGCAUGUAUUGCUCAAGCAUAUACUACGACCAUUUUCCAUCCGGUAGGCACUUGCAAGAUGGGGCCUAAAAAUGAUCGCGAAGCAGUCGUUUCACCGGAACUUAAAGUGCACGGUAUUUCAAAUUUAAGAGUGAUCGAUGCUUCGAUAAUGCCAAAAAUUGUAAGAGGUAAUACUAAUGCCCCUACAAUUAUGAUUGCCGAAAUGGGUAGUGAUAUGAUAAAGAAACAUUGGUUGAAGAAGCAUCAUGAUGUUAGUAGUGAGUUCAAUAAUAAUGUGAAUUUUGAAAACUUUUUUGAUAAAUGAACUGAUUAGUUACCAAUUAAGAAAUGUUGUAUAAAUUUACCGCAAGUGCUUAGAAAACAGACAGACAUACAUCAGGCACUUCUACAAAACAAUGUUAUUUUGAUUAUUGUAAAUGAAAAAAAUAUACAGUAGUGUCGCGAUGGCAAUAAGGAUUUUGGAAUACUGCUUCGCUCAGAAGCAGAUUUUGAUUGAUUUUGUUUUUUCCAAUUUAAAAGCUUCUAUUCACAAUGUCCUUAGAAUUUGAUAAUUUAGGUAAGUCUGUAUUUACUUGAUCCAGAUCGUCGCGGCACUACUGUACAACGUAUUUAUUCACUGGUCUACACCAUUUAUGUUAUGUAGUUUAACUAGACAAUUGAUAAAUUUAUUUUUAUUAUAGAAAAUGUUUUUUUUUUUUAGAUUUAUUAUUUACUAAAUCAUUUUUUUUCUGUGAAAAUUAAAUCAGACUCUCCCUA